GUAUUCUUCUUAUCACGGCUGAGGCUGUUUGUCUCCGCCUGAGCACAAAGCGGGCACACCGGGCCUUACUUUGUGCAAUCCCUGGGCGACACCCUCCCAGCAAAAGGGUGGAAGGACCCCACUGUCCAGCUUUUGAGAGAUGACACCAAGCAGGACGCACGACAGAAGCGACAGGAUGAAAGAGGAGGUUGGAAUCGGAACUCGCUUCAUCUCCCGCUUGGUGAACCGUCAGGAGAAGCUGGGAAAGAAGCAAGUAGAGCUCUUCGGCGAGAGCCUGACCAAGAUCCUGUGCGAACGUUUCAAUGAGCAUUGGUAUCCAGAUAACCCCGUGAAAGGACAGGCAUACAGAUGUAUCCGGAUCAAUCGAAAACAGCAGGUUGAUGAUUCGCUCCUAAAGGCCUGCGUGGCUUGCGGUCUGGAUUAUUCAGAAUUGGCCCUGCCCAAAGAAAUUUCCAUCUGGAUUGAUCCCGGUGAAGUUUGUUGCAGGCUUGGUGAGAACAACCACUACUUCACGGUGAAGGAUGAGGUGAAGGAUGAGGUGAAGGAUGAGGUGAAGGAUAAGGUGAAGGAUGAGGUGAACACCAGUGGGAAAUCUACCCCGGAGCCCGUAACAUCCGACUAUCACUCGGAAUCCCCCUCUGAGAAUUCAGAAGACGAAAGCCUGGCCAAGUUUUCUAUGCCAACAUAUGUGGCCAGAAGUCCGCCGGUUGAGAGGCACAGUCCCACACAGCCUACCCAGUAUUACUAUGUCUCCCCUUCUCCGCUGUGGGUUCCAUGCCAACAUGGUAUGAUCAGCUGCAUGCCAGCCUACCAGCCUGUGAUCUACUACUUCGAUGUCCACCCCAAAUCACCGGUGCCUAGAAAACCUAACCCAAAUCUGGUGAGACGCCUUACCAAACGGGCCUCCAAAUCCUGAAGGAGGCGGGGGAGUCUUGAGUGGACAACCUGGGUCCACUCACAACAUCUCAAAAUCCUGGCUAAGAGUUUGGCCUUAUUUACACUGACAUUGGGAGUAGAUUUUUGGGGAAGAAAACAAUUGUUGUUUUAAAAAAUUCUCUUUCUAGGUGGUUGCUAACUCUUGACAAUUCCCCCCCCCUCAAAUGGGGAACUAUCAAGAGUUACCCUCUUCACCUCAACAACCCCCCCCCCCCCACAGGCCGAAAGAUUGGGAGGCGGGGGGGGGGGGGAACGGCACUGCCUUGUUUCUCUGGUGCCAAACAAGUGUAGCAUUAGCAUUGUAUAUUAUUUAGCACUUCAGCGUAGUAGGGUUAAAACUGGAGACCUGGGUUUUUCCUAUGUUGCACUCAGCAGGGGAGUGGGAUCUAAGAGUUAGAGCAGGACGAGGAUGGGGGGGGGAAAGUUUGGAUGCGGAAAACGGAAAGAAGAAGAGGGGGGAAGAAAAACCAGGUCAACAGGCUUCUGCGCCUAGCCAGCUUUGCUUUAAGGUAUUUACUGCUUCUGCAAAACCUGGCUAAUCAUGACGGAAUUACGUGGGUGUAUCCUGUGAUUAUUUUUUUAAAAAAGGAUAACUUAAAAAUACCUUUUUGCUGCUAUCAGCAGAGAAGGGGAUUCCUGUUAUGGGUUUUUUUUCCAAAUCAUUCAUUGUCCCCCCUUCUAGUUGCUAAGGUUGAGGCUUCAACCUUAGAACAGGAACUUGGAGUAUAUGAUGGGCAAUCUUCUUAUAGCAGAGCCCUUCAAACCUGGCAACUUUAAGACUUGUGGGCUUCAAUUCCCAGAAUUCUGGGAAUUAAAGCCCACAAGUCUUAAAGUUGCCAAGUUUGAGGACCUCUGUUUUAUAGGGAGGUCAAAACAUGCACAUUUGGCCUGGGAAAAAGUUGAGAUGACAAUUUUGAAAAAGACACGAUGAAUAAUUUGGAGAGACGGUUUGUGGGUGAAGUGGUUAAGAACUGCGAGACCACGAGCCUUAGACCUGAAAACCGGCUUGGGCCAGAGCCAAGGUGGCGCAGUGGUUAAAUGCAGCACUGCAGGCUACUGCUAGAUCAGCAGGUCAGCGGUUCAAAUC